AUGACAAUAUUCCUUGGAGAUGCUGUAAAGGCGGGCGAGGAUGGAAUGAACCGUUGGAUCACAAUGGUCCGAAACGCGAGUUGCGUAGAUAUUUGUAGUGUUGUACUCGUAGGGACGGUGAUCAAACCCUUAAUCCCCGCUUCUUGGACCAUAACCCCUAUGCCUUUUCUCUAUUCUCCGUCCCCAAACGAAGUAUUGUCUGUGUCUUCCUCCUGGUUCCCUAUCCCAAAGCUGCCCUUCUUCUUUCUCUCUGUCUCUCUCUACGUCAAAGUUUCGUCGGUUAAUUUGAAAGGUGUUGGGCUGAAGAGGGUCUCCAUUCCUUACAUUCAAGAUUGUGUAGACAAUUCGUUUGGACAACAAGGGGAACCAAAUCAAUUCAAUUCCAAGCUGGAAGCUGAAAACCUUGGCAUUUCAGAACAAACAUCAGAUUCAUAUACUGAAAAGGAAAAAAUUGCACUCUCGAAACCUACAUUGACCAAGAAACCAAACUCGGACUCUUGUGGUUCAAAACAGUUUUUGUCUAGUGAUGUUGUUCUUAAUUAUCGUAGGUCAAUCACUGACCUUCCACCAGCCUUGUUAUCCGAAAUUCUGAAUUUCCUUGACCCAAAAGAGCUAGGUGUGGUUUCAUGUGUAUCAACGUAUCUCUGUAGGAUUGCGUCUGAACACCAUGUUUGGAAGGAUUUUUAUUGUGAGAGAUGGGGAAAUUCAACAGUUCCAACAUCUUUGGGUUCAGGAGUUUCUGAUGAGAAGUCAUGGAAGGAAUUUUUUGUGGAAAGGGAGUUUAGGAGUAAGACUUUUAUGGGACGUUAUAGCAUUGAUGUUAUGUAUGGCCAUAAUGAAGCUGUUCUUACAGUUUUCCUUUUGGCUUCCGCAAAGCUCAUAUUUACUGCGGGGUAUGACCAAACUGUAAAAAUGUGGAACAUGGAAGAAGGGUUGUUGAUUGCAUCUUCAAGAUCUCUUGGUUGCACUAUCCGUGCAGUUGCUGGAGAUACCAAACUGUUGGUUGCUGGUGGUACUGAUGGCUUUAUCCAGUGUUGGCAGGCAGUGGAAGGCUUUCCGCACUUGUUUGAUAUUAAGGGUCCUCAAAACCAGAAUACCGAGUUUCGACUAUGGGAGCAUGAGGGGCCCAUAACUUCUCUUGCCUUGGAUCUUACCAGGAUUUAUAGUGGUUCCUGGGACAUGACUGUUCGUGUAUGGGAUCGUUUUUCACUGAAGUGCAUAAAGGUUUUGAGACAUAGUGAUUGGGUUUGGGCACUUGUUCCUCAUGAUCUUACAGUUGCUAGCACAUCGGGUUCAGAUGUUUGUAUUUGGGAUACUAGUAGUGGGAGACUGAUGACCAUUAUUCAUAGUGCUCAUGUUGGUAACACCUACUCUUUGGCACGAAACCACACAGGGGAUUUUCUAUUUACCGGAGGGGAUGAUGGUGCAAUACACAUGUACGAAAUCACUAGUCAUGGCCUUGAGACUAAUGCAUUACUUGUUGCGACUUGGGUUCCUCACUCAGGUUGUGUCUAUUCCCUUGCGUUUGAGUUUCCAUGGCUUGUUUCUGCUUCUGCUGAUGGGAAACUCGCACUAAUUGAUGUGAGAAAGCUUCUAAGGACUAGAAAGCAUGAUUCAGGGAAACGUUUUUCAUGUGUUAAGCUCGUGGACCGCAGUAGCGUGGAACCCCCACAGAGGAUGUUACAUGGAUUUGGGAAGAAUCUCAUGUCAGUGGGCAUUGGUGCUGAUCGUAUUGUAUGUGGAGGCGAUGAAGGUGUUGUUAGGAUCUGGAACUUCACUGAAGCUUUGGAGAUUGAGCGGAGGGUUUGUGCUUUAAAAGCAAUACGGUUGGAGAACCGGAUGAGGCGGCGUAAGCUCCAUUUAGAAAAUAGCAGCAAAGGCAGUAGAAAUGAUCAAUGUUCAGUUGCAGCCAAGAAGAAUCCAGUCACUGGUGACAGGAGUGGUUGGCACAGUAAACGUGCAUUGAGCGGCAAGCUGAAGUCAUAG